GCGAAGAAGUUGGAAAUGGAGAGACAGGGCAUCAGUACUAACAAUAAGGGCAGACCUAAGAAGACGGCCGUCGAAGAGGACUUGGACUCCAAUAUCGUUCAACUGUUCGCCACUUAUGACCACAAAUCUAGUCCUAAGAAAUCAAUUUCCCGUUCAAAGCUGGACACCACAGUGUACGACACGACCAGAAGUGUGUUGAAUGAGUUGAUGACCGGACAGGCAUACGAGUCGCGCACAGAACUCGCGGAAUCCAUUCGCCUAUUGAUCGACGAGUCGGUCACCACUUUCCCCAAAGACACUGUCGUUGCCAACACGAGCGCUGAAGUGAUAAUAGCCGCCGACCCGCAGGACGUGUUGGUCAGCACUAGUCAGGCCUCAGUUGCGGCUUCCCGUGAAUGGAAGGCACCGCCAAUUCUGCCACCCAAUAAAACUACAGUGAAAGGCCUGAGAGGACUACUCAUACAUUCGGACUAUUUCUCGCAAAUUAUUGCCAAAUCAGAGAUUCCUUUGGAAGAGUUUAAGGAAGCGCUCGAAGGGAACGAGAAUUACGCCAAACUCUUACUACAAUUUAAGUCACUGUUUGGUUGGCCGGCGCUGUUGUCGAUGAUAGAGCCGCCCGAACGCAACGAUAAGAGCGGUGAACAGCCGGCGCCACCGAUACCGACUGGAAAGCCAGUGAGGCGUCGGAGCCGCAAAUCGUGGCUCAAAACGGAAUCGUCGCGAAUGAUAGAGAUUCGCACAAAUCAGGCCAAACUGAUUGAGUCGGAAAUGCAGAGAAUUGCAGAUUUGAACGCAAAGGCAACAGAGGCUGAGAUGGCGGACCCGGUGCCCGAAGAGCCACUGAAUGAGACGUCGGCUAAGAGUCCCUGGUAUGUGACCAAAAAGGAGCGCAAGUAUUACAAAAUGAAGUCUUUGGACAAGAGUUCUUUUGUGUUCACUCGAGUCAAACCAAAACGCGAUUCAAUUAAGAAAUAGAUUAGUCAUUGAAUCCGUGUUGCAAUCUAACAGUAAAUUUUGAUAAUCUGUUUAAAUAUUUGUUCAAUAAUUAGUACAAAAGAAAUGAUAUUUUGUUAAUGAAAGCCCUUAUGAUGUGUGGGCGAAAUGACUCCCA